AUGACAGAUGAUCUCCAGAUGUCGAGGCAUAUUAUUGUCAAUGGCCUCCCAAACAAUGUGACGCCCGAAAAGCGGGUACUCUUUUUGCGACACAUGACAAAGAAGGUGAGUGAGGUUCUUGGACAUGAAAACUUUACAAUUCAUUUAGUCCUUGACGAGACCACAGGCCUCGUGACGGGUGCAUUUCUUUCAUUCGCCACGGUUGCCAACGCGGAGGACGCCCUGGCACGUCUCAAUCUUUACCGCUUUACAAAAACAGAUGUUCUCACGACAUACCGAUGGUCUGCGUUGCAGGCGGCAAGCGCUGCGAAGGAAGAGUACAAGCCACCGGAGUUGACGGACGACGUGGACGCAGAUCUUGCGCACACCAUGUGUGAGGACAUAAUGGCACGUCCUCAGUUCUUUAUUAAGCAAGGGGAGUCGUUUGACGUGGAAUGGUACUGGUUUAAUUACAUGACACUCAAGGACGAGUUGUACCGAAAGCCACGUGCGCUGAAGACGGAUUCAUUGGGUCAGUGGACAGAAAUGGACCGUCGACAAAAGAAACUUGAAAGUGGACUUGUGUACGGCCCUCUCACGAGUGUGCGUCCGAUGCCGGCGUGGUCGACAUUUGGCCGUAUGAUUAUUUCACAGCAUACAAGCGGUCUGAAAGUGUGGGGUGGGCGACAAAUGAACAUGCUUUUUGAGGUGCCGGAUCUUGACAUUACGGCAUUUCUUGUGUCACCCCAGGAGAAGUAUCUUGUAGUAAAGACCUUGAAUGAUUUGAGUGUGUGGGAUAUACGCACGGCGAAGAAGAUUCGUACACUUGGCGGUCUGGAUCUUGUGGAUGCCGAAAAGUGGCCCAUUGCUCGUUUUUGUGCGGAUGAUUCGCUUGUGGCCAUCUCACACGCCAGCCUGGAGCCUGCCGCUCCUGGCAAACUCUUCAUUUACCGCGCAGAGUCAAUGCGAGUACUGCAGGCUGCAUCCAGUACGACGCCGAAGUCUUACACAUUUUUGUUUCCCGGGCUGAAAACUGUGGAGUGGAAUCCUGUUGUUGGAACCCAACUGGCUGUCGUCAUGGAACUCAGCACCAAUCAAGGCUGGAAGGUUGUAAUUCAAGACAUCAUUUUGGACGAUAACCUAGUGCGCGAGGAGGUCAUUGCUCAGCGUAACUUUUUGCAGGCGGAGAGGCUGGAACUUUUGUGGCACCCACAAGGAACCCACCUCGUCGUCAAAAUUGCCAAACCACACUCCACAGAAUACGCAUUGUUUGCCAUUGGUACAAAAAGUGCGGCUGUCUCCCAGCUGCAGGUGGAAAAGGGCCUUUCCGCAGGGCGUUUUGCGUGGCAGCCAUCUGGCCCACACUUCGCCGUCAUUUUUGAGGAUCGCACGAAGGUGAGUGAGUUGGGAUCGACGUCUGAGAUCCGUAUUUACAAUAUUAAAAAGCAGCUGAAGCUGCUGGGGCGUUUUAUGACGAGUGCGACGCACCUCUUCUGGGCCCCACGUGGUGCCCGCGUAGUUGCCACAAACUACGGCAAGUCGAUUAUGCACUUUUACGGCAUCAACGACCAGGGUAUGGUGGUUCAACUGGAAAAGCACGCUAUUCCUGUGACAGACACGGCAUGGGACCCGACAGGCCGCUUUUACGCCUCUUGGGUAUCGGCGCUGAAGAGCCAGGGCGACAACCACUUCCGCAUCUUUGAUCUAAAUGGAAGAGAGUUAUUGAACAAACCGGUGCGUCACCUCUCACACUUUUCGUGGCGGCCGCUAGCGGCACCGGUGAUGACGGCGGAGGAGUUGAAGCAGGUGCGUGAGAACCUGAGCGAGUACACCCAGCGCUACGAGCAAGAGCUAAAGGAGCAGAAAGAGCGGGAAGAGGCGGAGGCACAGCGUGUUUUGCGGGAUAAGCAGGAGAGGUACAUUAAACGCAUGCGGGACAUUGCAAGAUUUCACUCGGAUAAGGAACUGGCGGAAAAACGAGAACAACUCAUUGCUUCAUCGCCAUGGAGCCGGAUGUGGGCACGACGUAUGAAGUCUCUCUCGGCAGAGGAAACGAUUGUGCACGAAGACGUUACUGAGGAGCGCAUCAUGCAUCGUCGCGCCAUUAAUUAA